CCAUCUUAGGCACUGCCGCUGCACAGCCUGCACAUAGGGGUUUUAGGGUUUUUAUAGUUCCCACUCUUCCCCUUACCACCAUGACUGCUCAGACGCAAGAUGAGCUUCUCGCUGCUCAUCUCGAACAGCAAAAGAUCGAUCCUGAUGAGCCUGUGGUUGAAGAUGAAGACGAAGAUGAUGAUGAUGAUGAAGAUGACGAUGACAAGGAUGAAGAUGAUGCAGAAGGACAGCAAGAAGGAGAUGCAAGCGGUAGGUCAAAGCAGAGUAGGAGUGAGAAGAAGAGUCGCAAGGCAAUGGUGAAGCUCGGAAUGAAGCCCAUCCCAGGUGUCAGCCGUGUUACUGUCAAAAAGAGCAAGAAUAUUUUAUUUGUCAUCUCAAAACCAGAUGUUUUUAAGAGCCCGACUUCAGACACCUAUGUUGUUUUUGGGGAGGCAAAGAUUGAAGACCUGAGCUCCCAAUUGCAGACUCAGGCUGCGGAGCAGUUCAAGGCCCCUGAUCUCAGCCAUGUAAUCUCCAAGCCUGAAUCAUCCGCCAUGGCUCAGGAGGAUGAAGAGGUGGACGAGACAGGUGUAGAACCCAAGGACAUAGAGUUGGUAAUGACACAGGCUGGAGUCUCAAGGGCGAAGGCCGUGAAGGCACUAAAGGCGGCUGAUGGAGACAUUGUCUCUGCCAUCAUGGAGUUAACAAACUAAGCAAAACCCCGCUGAAUUGUGUGUCUCCAUCAUGCAUUGAGUAAACAUUUUCCUCGCUCUUUUUUACUGAAUGUGUGGUCUGUUAGAAAAUCCCUUUUCAUUUUUGUCAUUUUCCCUCACUUUUCUUGGUUUCUUGUUGUAUUAGUAUUCAGUGGUAAACGAAGAAAAGCGUUUUUAAAUCAUGGUUAUUUUUCUGGUUUUCUCGUCUGUUAA